AUGAAAGGCGCCCUGUCGGGCAUCUCGGUCAAUCCGAGUGCAGUGGCCAUCACGUUGCUCACGCUAUCCGUAGCGCUGUGGCUGCCCAACUCGCUGGUCAUCCCAUUCAGACCAACCGGACCCAUCUUUUCACGACCGCCUGAUGUGUUGCCGGCUCUGCUGGCACCGGUCGUUCCACCGGAAGGCUUCUUUGCUUCGCUAGCUAGAAUACUGCAAAUAGGCGUGCUUGCCAUCUCCAUCGCGCCCAGGAAUCCCGUCCUUCUCACCAUGGGUGGUAUCUGGACCGUAUGGUGCUUGACCGCGGCUAUGAGGUGUCUGCUGGGAUUCCUGCUCGGGAGAGCCGUGGGAUGGGCGGCGCCUUCCUUCUUCAAUCAUCUAGCGGUGUACGAGACGAGCACCGGAAUUGGCCCUGUACUGGUCGCCAUCGACGCGGCCACUGUUCUGCUGCAGCGAUUACCUUCCGAUGUCUCGCCCAUACCAAGCGCAUCUUCAGUACCCCCGGCAUCUUCCAGACCAUCCAUUGCCAUCCACACGCUCAUCGGAGUCAUUUCUUGCAUACUGGAUGGCGCACCCUGGACGUAUGCAAGCGGUGCCGCAGUAGGAUUUUUUGUUGCUAUAGCAUACAUUGUAGCAGAAAGCGUCACGGGAGGACCAAUUUACAGGCCUUCGGGGGAGGGACCGGUGCCCCUGCACGUGCUAGAGGACGAAGAGGAGGAAGGCAACGGCUCGACAGCCGUAAAUGGAAAUGGUCGUCGAGGCAACCUAUACGGUGCCGGGGGUCAUUAUGGCAGCAACAGCGUCCCGCCAAGCCGAGUUGCGCUCGUCCAAGCAGCUUUCUGGAGAGGCGCAGCGCAUGUACUCGUAUCCUUACUCCUCGUCAUCGUGGCAACCAAGACCUCUGGCUGGUUGCCAGAUCUACCUCAGCUAGGGUCACCUCCACCGAGUGCCAGGCCGCUGCUGGACAUCGUCUUGCUCACUAGUCCACGUCCCCGCGACGAGAAGGGAAUCGCACCAAUGUUAAUCAAUACCACCGACUCGUUCUUUGAUGCAAUUUCACCCGCAGCAAGUCCGCUGAUCGCACCUCGGAUAUCAGUCUUUACGCACUUCAGCUCGAAAGAACACCCAGCAUUCGACGUAGCCAAAGCCCACUUCGACGCGCAUCCGAGACCCGAGCUUGGAGAGCGCGCUUCAAAAGUGGUGUUCUAUAGAGAUAGCGACUCGCACGCAGAUGUCAGGUUGGGCCAUCAUUUGCAUUUGGCCGAGCUUCUGAGAUGGUCAUGGGAAAGGGAAGGCUCAUCAGAAUGGGUCAUGGUAGCCGAAGACGAUUUCCCAGUAUGCGGAGAUUGGGGUUGGAGAGGGAUAGAAGGGGUCAUUGCAGAGCUCGAGCUUCAGCGUCGGCCUUGGGUCGAUCUGCGAGCAUCAGGCGCUGCCGAAGGAGUUUCGCACGCCGGCCCCCCUCUCGCCGGCUGGGUGGGUGCAGGCGGCUCAGGGCUAAUCCUGCAUCGAAGUUUGAUGCCAAUUGCCGAGCGCUUGCUGCGCCUCUAUGCCACUUCGGACGGAAGGAGACCUUUGGCACCUCUCCCGGCUGAUCUUGUCGUGCAACAGUGCAUGUCUGGAGAAAUCAGUCUUUGUGGCAAAGACAGAGGAAUGAUCAUUAGCAGCAGAAUGCUCAUGGGUCAUGUGGGAAGUGGGAACUCUGCUUUGGGCCACAAUACUCCGGGAUCGAGAUGGCGUUGUCGCUGGCGGCACCCAUCGCACGGCCUGCCUUACGUUAAAACAGUCUUGGACGUGUAG